GUGCUUCACUUUGCGAGUUAGUAUUUCCGUGGGUUCCGUACGAAUCCAUUACUGCUUCGUUAUGUAUCACCUCUUUCUAUAGUAUCAGGAUCUGUAAAAUCUGUUUACAUAUUUAGCUCCUAUAUAUUACUUGUGUAUACAUAAAUUACUUGGUAUAAACUAUAGAAUUGUUAUGUCCAUCGUGUAUUAGAUGAAACGAGUUUCGAAGGAAAAGAGCGUAACAAAGAUAAAUCGCAGCGACGUACGUACGUACGUACGUAUAAGUACGUGCUAUACCUACUUAUCCUAUCUACUGUAUCCCACGGAAAAAGCGUGCAAUUGAAAAUGUCUCUCAACGAUUCGUCGAUUCUCAAUCCGGAAAUUUCUGACCGUUUCAUUUUCGGAUGGACCGAUUACGUCCUUUUCGCUAUGAUUCUAACGGUCAGCAUCCUGAUUGGAAUUUAUUUCGGCUUUUUCAGCAAGCAAGACACAACCAUGGAAUAUCUUUUAGGUGGAAAGAGAAUGGGAUUCUUCCCAAUAGCAAUGAGUUUAAUAGCCAGCCAUAUAUCAGGUAUUACGCUAUUAGGAGUACCAUCCGAGGUCUAUCAAUACGGAACUCAAUAUGCGGCCUGCGUUAUUACGUCGAUCCUUUCGUGCUUUAUCAGUGCUUACGUAUUUCUGCCGGUUUUCUUCAAACUCCAACUAACCAGUACCUUUGAAUAUUUGGAAGUCAGAUUCAGCAGGCGGGUUAGGAUACUUUGCUCUCUUUUAUUCCUCAUAUCGUUACUGAUGUAUAUACCCAUCGUAAUCUACGUACCGGCUUUGGCAUUCUCUCAAGUAACCGAUUUCAGUCUGCAUACCAUUACACCCGUCCUUUGCGCCGUUUGCAUCCUUUAUACGAGCAUAGGUGGCUUAAAAGCCGUCGUUUGGACGGAUACGAUCCAGUUUACUGUUACAGUCGGAGGUUUAUUCGCCGUUCUUAUCUUAGGUAUAAAAUCUGUUGGCGGAGUAUCGGAAGUAUGGAAACGCUCCGAGAUGGGUAAUCGUUUAAUAUUCUUCAACAUGGAUGUCAGCCCUUACGCUAGAAAUACAUUUUGGGGAAUGACGAUAGGAAUGACGACGACGUGGCUCGUACAUCUUGGCAUACAUCAAGGAUGCGUUCAGAGGUACCUUUCUGUACCAAAAGAAAGAGAUGCGAAACGAGCGCUGGGCAUAACAGCUGUGGGUUUGAUCGUCGUUAAGCUCGUUUCCGUUUUCACAGGAUUAAUCAUAUUCGCCAAAUAUUAUGAUUGCGAUCCUUUGCUUUCCAAGACAAUAAAAAGGGCUGACCAAAUCUUACCUUAUUACGUAAUGGACGUGGCAGGAAACGUACCAGGACUGCCAGGUUUGUUCUUAGCCGGUCUUGUAAGCGCAGCUCUCGCCACAAUGAGCGCGAGCUUAAACACCAUGUCCGGUACGAUCUAUAAAGAUUUUAUCGAGCCCUGGAUACCGGACGGACCAAAAAAAGAAGCUCGAGCAGCUACCAUCAUGAAGAUAAUCGUACUUAUCAUUGGCGGAAUUUCGGUAGGUUUAGUUUUCGUCGUCGAACAUCUAGGGACAGUUUUCCAAAUGGCCAUUAGCAUACGCAGCGUAACCGAUGGCCCUUGGCUCGGUUUAUUUCUACUCGGAAUGUUGUUCCCAUGUUCCAAUGCGGAAGGAGCUCUUUUAGGUGGUUUCGUGUCCUUGAUAGUUAUGUUUUUCUUAGCCGGAGGAUCGGAAUGGUACAUAGCAAAUGGACAAAUUCAUAAGAUUUUAUUGCCAGUGUCCGUCGAGGGAUGUUCUUAUCCGUUAAACGAAACAGAUAGCACCACCCGAGCCCCGUUAACGCUAAACGAAGAACCAAUGGGCAUCUUCAAGAUAUCCUUUAUGUACUUUACCCUUAUAGGCUCGCUAAUUGUCGUUGUAGUAGGUGUUAUUGGAAGUUAUCUAUUUGGUAAUGUCGAUCUAACUGAAAUCGAUCCUGACCAUAUAUCUCCGAUAAUGAAAAGGUUCCUGCCACGUAAAGAAUAUACGGAAGUAUCAUUAAAAUCAAUGCCGGAGGAAUUCGAAAUGAGUAAGGACAUCGAUCGUCAAAUAAUAAAGAAAUUGAACGAGUAAAGACGAUUAGCGUGACGAAAAGGAACGUAUCCUACCAAGACGAAUACUAUAUAUAUAUAUAUAUAUAUAUAUAUAUAUAUAUAUAUAUAUAUAUAUGAAUGUAUGUAUAUCUGUGUAUGUAUCUGUGUAUGUAUGUAUGUAUGCAGCUUGAAUGGAAAUAUACGUGAACAGUACAGAGAGAAUCGAGGUUGAUCCUGAGUGGACCAAAUAGAAAGCACACGCAGCUUCUUUAUCGAUUUGCAAGCGCAAGCGCCGGUCGACCUGCCGUUCUCGGCACGCAUCGACGAAUCCCGGCUAUUUUCGGCUACGCAGUACCGUUUCAAACGGCCUGUCGCGGUGAAUCCGUAUUAGAAGAGCAAUCAUUCGUCUUCGGGCUGAGUAUCGUUUUUCAAAAUCGUCACCAUCACCAGCCGCAUUCCUCUUAGAGAGGUUGAAAAGGGAAAGGAUCGUUUGUGUUUCCAAAAAAAAAGAAUCCAUUGCUAAUUGAUUAAUCGCUUUGAUGCAAUAGACGACGGUUGCAACGACAACGACGACGACGAUGGCGACGACGACGACGACGACGACGACGACGACGACGACGACGACGACGACGACGACGACGACGACGACGACGGCGACGACGACGAUGAAUAACAAAACACACAAUAACGAUCGAGAAAUAAUCUUGAAAAUAAUAAUGGAAAAUUGGUCAAAUUUCAUCUCGCUAUUCGUCUUGACUCGACUCGGCUCUACUCGGUGAUAAGAAAUUAAAAUGAGGGAAAAAAAUUGAAAAUAAGAUGGGGGAAAGAUCGAACGGUAUGAUACAGCCCUGUAAAACGUUCCUCGCGGCUGCUCGGAGGUAGACGGUCGUCCUCGCUUACCUCCUCGAGGGUAAAACGACCGCGCCUACACGUGGAGUAAGCACCAGCAAUUCUCGUCGUCGGUUAAAUCUCGAACGGAGGGAGUCUCGGCCGUGCCGUGACACGAUCAACAAGUACAUACGCGGCGUAACGAUGCACGCAUAAGAUCGCUCUCGCUUUGGUUAACUUUCUCUCAGCCGCGUGCGCUCUGUUUUUGCCUCUUGUCUCGUUCUUCCGUUUCCUUUCGCUCGAUCGACCGCAAUGUUUAUAAUCGCCAGGACUUGAAAGAAUCGUAGAAGGAGAAGUAGUGUACGGUGCUCGUUGUACGAUCAAAGUGUCGUGUAAACCGAAAGAAAUUCUUAUCCAAACAGACUGGUCAAAUCAAGCUCCGAUCGGAGUCGCUGAUUGCAGUAAAGAAAAAAAAUGAAAUAUUUUGGGUGCAACUCGGACGCUCCGAUGAUAACGAGUAAAAUAGGAUUUAGUCGGUAUGACGAAACGACAUGCAUUCCUUCGACUUGACGUUCGUCGCUCGAGAUACUCUUCGAGGGAAAGCGCGAGGAGUGCUCCGCGAAAUGCGAAAUGCGAAUACGCCGGAACGAAUUCCAGAAAUAAUAUUAACCGAAGGACGAUUCAGGAGGUGGAAUAUUUACUUACGUUAGACUGCCGUCUUGCUUUUAAUAAUAGAUAAAAACGUAGGGGCGGGCUCGCGCGCCGGAAAAAGAACGGAAACGGUUCACAGUUUAACGAGACGAUCUCUCGACUAUUAUCUCAUCGUGCUGCACCUUUUCGACAUUUUCGAUUGAACGACGUUUUUCCCUAAAUUUUACCCUCGGUCCGGCUGGAUUUACAACAAAAAAAAAAAAAAAAAAAAAAAAAAAAAAAAAAAAAAAAAAAAAAAAGAAAUCGAAAGAAGAAGAAAAUGUCAUCAUUUCGCAGUAAGAUAGUAAGAUAGUAAUUCUUUUUAACGAGAUAGUUGAACGAACGAGAUUGCUCGUCGUUGUUUAUCGAUCGAUCGAUCGAUCGAUAACUGUGCAUCGUCCCUCUAAUCUCUAAUUUGUAAUCUAAUACGUUAAUAUAAUUUAUUCAAAGUUUGUUCCGCGAUGACGUCACAGAGAUCGAGUAAUGCUACGACACGUAUGUCCUAUUGGAAAUGAUGUCGUUGCCAUACAAAGGUCUUCUUGGAUCGUCCAUACUGUUAAUGAUCGCUCUGGUUGCCUUAUUGACGAGCAAGCGGUACGGCUUGGAAACGCGUAAAAAGGAUAAGGACGCUUUGCUGCUCGAUAUUAUAGCAAACAUAAGCGGCACCAUAGAUAAACUCAGCACUGGGUUCGACGGGAUGGCAAUGGAAACGGAAAUGGCAAGGAGUCGGCUCAAGCAACUGGUUGCCCUUCAUCGGGAGAAUGCUGCAAUUUGUGCGAUGAUGCAUGAGCAACGAAGAAAGAAAAUAUUAAGGAAAGCGACGAAGCGCGUGUGACAAAUUCGAGCGUCUUCAAAAUAUGUCGAAACACUAGCCGAGAAUCGGACAGUUUUAAUUUAUCUCGUACUCGGGAUCAGAUGUGAAACUCUGCGCUAUGGUGUAUAGUAAUAUAUCUUACUUCUUAAAUACCAAGAUACGAGAUGGUAAAUGUCAAGAUCGACGAACGAUAAAAUAAUGAAGUAACACUUGAACCGUUGUCGACUUCUAAAUAAAUUUCGGAAGAUUCGUAUUAAUUUAUUAUAGUAUUAAAUUGUUAUACGCCUCUUAUUUUACUACGUAUACCAUAUAUCGAUGUUAAUUGGUUUAACUUUGUGCAAUCUACCGAGGUAUUAUGAAAGAUUAUACAAGAGGCCACGUAAGAAGGAAGCAUCGCUUCCAAAUAUAACAAAUUCUUCUUCUUCAUGGGAAAAAGAAUAAGCACAAAUUGUUGAUUAUUAGCAAGACGAUGACUAACUUUAACUAGAUUUACAAAUGCGAACGUUAAGUAACAUCUGAUACUGUGAGCGUAUCACUAGUUACAUAAACUAUACAUAUAAUAUUAUACGGUGCGAUAAUUUUUAACAGGAUGCGAAACGGGAACGUAACUUUCCAGGCGAGAACUUGAUUGCUUACACACCUUGCAAUUAUUGAUAUGCAUACACACACACACACACACACACACGCGCGCGCGCGAUAGACAGUCCAAAGAUACGUUUUCAUCGAUAUACCCUUAAAUACACAGUUUGACCAAAUCGCAAGGUGGAACGUAAAUCGCAAUAUAAACAGAAUUGUGAGAAUCGUGUCGCGCGGAAUUGAUUAAAGUUUAUCUACCGAUAGAGGAGACAUAGAACGAACAACCUAAUUCUGUACUGGACUCGAUAGAGUCACAUUAUAUAGUAUUAUAUGCCUAACAGUAAUAGUAUUAUGUCGUAACUAAAAUAUCGUAAUAAAAAUAUUUAAAAAGGCAUAUAUUUGAAUGAAGAAAACGACCCAAUGAAAUAAUCGCCUUCAUUAAAACAUCGAUGUCUCCUAAGAGGCGGCUCUAAAAAAAGAAAAAAUCAUUCGAAAAAAGACAAUCAUUCGAAAUAUCUACAAAUAGAACAUUUAUUUUUAAUAACGUUGAGUUUUAAUUCGCAAAUAGAUAAGAGAGUGAAAAAUAAGAAAUAAUUUAUUCGAUAUAGGGGCCAAUGACCUACUCGAUGUCCCAAUUAAAUAAGAAAUAUAAUCGCCAAUGUGAAACGCUAUCCCUAUCAUUUGAUAGCUGGAUCACAAAUAUGGAAAAUCGAUAAUCUACAGGUACUCGGUUGUUAAUACGUAGGUAAAAUGCAGCACUUCGUUACGUAAAUUACUUUUAUACCUUAAGAAAAAUGUAAAAGAAAGAUACGAACACAAUGAUACAAUUUGCACUUUCAUGCUUUCCAGUUCGUGACAAAUAUAAUGACAAAAACUCGAUAACCCAGCCCGAAUCGAUGAUAUUACGUUCCGAAAAUACAAUGCGCGAGCGCACGAAUAAAAUUAUCGUGUCACAUUAUAUGUAAGGUCGUAUUCGUGAAAAAUAAUACAACGAAACUAUAUUCUCUCGGUAAAUACUUUGCGAUAUCAAAUUCUUAUUUCUUACGUUAAAAGAACCAUUGUCAUACUGUUGUCGCCUACGCAAUAAAAUUUACAGAUAUAAACUUACAUAUAUGUGGAUAGUUAAACAGAUUCUCUCCGUUAGGAAUUGAAAUAAUCUUGCAUGUAUAAUAUUAUAUCUAAAUAAAUUUAAUAAUAUUAAUUUCGAACGGACCAAACUGUUAAAGCUGUUAUUUAUUUAAGAAGACAUGGGAUACGUUAUAAAAUUAAUUCGAUCGUGAAUGCAUGCUUUCGUCGUCUUUCCAAUUAUUUUUGUAAUCCUACCAAAAGAAACGAAUAAAGCCAUUUGUCAUGAA